UUUGUGUGCAUGAAUUGAGGAACAUGAUCGUCUGCUGUAGCGCUCAUUGUAGCGGAGAAUCGAGGAAGUUCGAUCGCAUGGAAAGUCAGCUUGAUCACUGUCUGAACGAGCAUUUUACUUACAUUUUUCGCGCUGUGACGGGGGGUUCAUUUGCCCGGAAGAGUGUGAGGUGUUCGUCGUGAAGCUAGAUCUGCGAAGUGAACUGGGAAGAUCUCGCAGCCAUGGACCACGCUGCGGAUGCAAUGAGGACUGACUUGAUGACAAUUACUCGGCACGUGCUCAAUGAGCAGAGCAAAUUUCCAGAAGCUCGUGGUGAUCUCACGAUUCUCCUUAACAAUAUCGUGCUUGGCUGCAAGUUUGUUUGCUCGUCCGUUAGCAAGGCUGGAUUGGCGAAACUCAUCGGAUUGGCAGGAGAGACGAAUGUACAGGGAGAAGAGCAGAAAAAACUGGAUGUUUUGUCGAAUGAUGUCUUCAUCAACGCUCUUGUGAGCAGUGGACGCACCAAUGUCCUCGUAUCUGAAGAGAACGAAGACGCAAUUUUUGUAGAGCCGUCCAAAAGAGGAAGAUACUGCGUCGUGUUUGAUCCACUUGAUGGAUCUUCCAACAUUGAUUGUGGUGUAUCUAUUGGAACGAUUUUUGGAAUCUACAUGCUUAAGGAAGGAGCCUCAGGGACGGUUGAGGACGUUUUGCAGCCUGGCACUGCUAUGCUUGCUGCAGGCUACUGUAUGUAUGGAAGCUCAUGCACAUUGGUACUGAGCACAGGUGCUGGGGUUAAUGGCUUCACCCUCGAUCCUUCACUUGGGGAGUUCAUCUUGACGCACCCUGACAUCAAGAUUCCUAAGAAGGGAAAAAUUUACUCUGUUAACGAAGGAAAUGCCAAACACUGGGACGGUCCUACAACCAAGUAUGUGGAGAACGCAAAGUUCCCCAAGGACGGGUCAUCGCCGAAGUCGUUGAGAUACAUUGGAAGUAUGGUAGCGGACGUUCACAGAACUCUUCUAUACGGAGGUAUCUUUAUGUACCCUGGUGACAAGAAGAGCCCCAAGGGAAAGCUCAGGGUUCUGUAUGAAGUUUUCCCCAUGUCUUUCUUGGUAGAGCAAGCUGGAGGUCAAUCCUUCACUGGCAAGCAGAGAUCCCUCGAUCUGGUCCCAGCUCACAUCCACGACAGAUCACCCAUUUUCUUGGGAAGCUACGAUGAUGUUGAGGAGAUUAAGGCUCUAUAUGCAGCUGAAUCUGCUUAGGUCAAUGCCGCUCACCUGUCAGAUCUACAGUUAUAAGAAUUAUGUGGAAAAUUUGCUCAAAGGAAAGGAAAUUUUCUUCAUUGGAAGAGCUGAAAAUCUCAGUUAUCUUUUUUAAUAACUGUGAUUAUUUAUGAGCAGUGUUUACUGCAAUUGCAAGAGAGUAAAAGUCUCUCAUAAUGUAGUAUCUGUUCUCAAAUCUGAACUGUGAAUAAAUUGUCCACGUCUUUUGUCCAA